AUGGACGUAGAUGCAUCUAAUUCUAUCAGGACUACCAAAGUGCCAACCAUUGCAAAACCUGUAGUUCUGAUUCAAAGGUCAAAAUUGAAAUCUGGUUCAACUGUUAAACCAAUUCAGAAAGAAGAUAUUAGAAAAAUGUUGUUUACGUCCAAAGAAAAAUACCAUCCAUCACAUGACGAAUCUGAUUUUGAAGACCCAAAUCCAGUUCUCAGCCAAAAUAAAAGGAAAUCACCUCCACUUGUAAAAGUCAAAGUUCUGCAACAUCAGGAGAAGAAAGCUAGAGCAGACGUGGCCAACCCUCAACUAAUUAAAACCAAAGUUAAAGUCAAGAAAUUGGAAAAUAGAAAGUCAAAGAAGGGAGUCCAUGUCGAUAUUCCAAUACAACCAAGGCAAAUACAUAUUCGGACGCCACCAAAAAUAUUAUUAUCCACAAUGCACGGUCUGACCAAUGGACAAAAGGAAUAUUUGUCAUCAAUUGGAUUUGGUCCCCUUUUAAAUAGAAGUAGAUGGGUCGGCAUCACGAAUUGGCUGGUAUACCCGGAGCAUGUUUCAUGUGAUGCUGUUACGAUCGAGCGUGGAAGACCUGCUAUAUGUUUCUGGGAUGUAGAAACCAUGCAUUUACGUGAGGAAUAUGAAAUCAGAAAUGGUGGACUUGGUACUGGUGACAUACCACAGGAUGACAAUGUGGAAAAUGUCAAUUCGGCGAAUGGAUCGGUUAAGGAAUACCUUUCCACCAUUGAAAGUAUGUUCAACAACCUAGUUGCGGAUAAUCAUUUGUUGGACUCAAACCUGUUAGAAGCAAUCGAAAAGCAUCCUCUUAUGUGUGAUUUCUACGAAUGGAAAGCCAAGAUCAGAAUAUUCUUUAAUGAAGCAUCCGCAAAAUAUGAAGGAGGCAGUUGUUCUAAUGAUCCCGGCCAUAUUGAACCUUUAUGCCAAUGGUGGUCAGACAACUCAGAACAAAUUAACAGGUCCUGUCAAAUGGCAGAACAUUCUGUUAAAUUGUUCCACAAUUCACCAUUUCCAAACUUGAGCAUCGGGUUGACACAAGAGUUUGCUGAUAUCAUUAUCAAUUCACCAUUGAAAGAUAUCAUGAAACCCCAAAAGACCAAUGUCCAAGUCCUCUUCCAUUAUCAAUUGUUCAGUGAUGACGGUGCUGCCAAUGCAAGAAAGUUAAGGCCAAGAAAUAAGCCCCCUGUACUACGUUCUUCGUUCAUUUUACAGGCAGUAGAUAUAACCAAAUGUAUAUCACGUGCUCAGAAGGACCUAUCUGAUUGGGUUUUCUCAACACAAGGUCAUCCAAGUGACGAACUGUUUCGGAUCGGACAUGUGCUGGUGUAG